UGGCAACUUCGUGGAGUGCACGUGGGUCACGCUAGUCGCUGUAGUCGCGCGACGCGUACAACCAACGAUUUGCGCGCAGCUGUUGUAGGACGCACGCACGGACUUCGUGGUGUGCAGCAGCUUGGCGACCGCGAUGCCGUACAUGCUGAUCUCAACCCAGAUCCGACUGGAGAACGGGCCCACCAUCGUAGGGGACCGCAACAGCGAUCCCACUCUCAUGGAGCAUCUCGGCGCGCGCAAGAUCACUCAGCCAGGAAACGACUUCCCCGAGUACCGGACCGAAGACCCACCCCGCACUGUGCUGAACAAGCUAGAGCUGAUGGGCUACCGCGUGGUGGCAAUGUCCGGCAUUGGCCAGACUUGCAUCUGGACCUUACACAAGCCAUGACGUUGUACGCCAAGUCCUACCGUGUUUUGCAUUUACCGCUCUGGUGCCACUACUAGCAUCGAUUGCUUGUCUCACGUUUCUAUUUUUAUAGUUGCUUUGUCUCAAACUGCUGGUUAAAACAGCCCGUUCACUUGACCAGGGGUUCACUUAGCCAGGCAUUGUUAUCCUUGGUCUAUUGCCAUCGUGGAUAUGACCCCUUUUGCGAGAUUUCAUAACUCAGCCCUGUGGUGCUACUCUCCGCUGUGUAGUUGAAUUCCCUUGUAAUCUCUGAUUGGCUCACAUAGUAGAAUUUGACCAUGUCCAGAACAGCACCCGGACACGUCUGCAUCUACGGGCAACAGCGUUCCUGGCAGAGUGCCAGGCAUGCUGUCUUGGCACAGUCCUCUGUUAUACGUAGUGCCAUGGCCAAGGGCAUUUUUUUUUAUACUUAAUUUUUUUCUCUCGCAGAACCAACAUAUUAUACAUUUUGGCACAGUGCUAGGAAUGCUGUCACCCAUUGACGUCGUGACCAGUGCCGAGUCACGAAUAAUCUCCCACAAGUGACCUCAUCCACAGAAGUUUAUAUAACUUGACUAUUGCUCCCAGAGAGCUGGUCUCCUUUACAGCAUUCCAAAGAAGAAAGCACCAAAAAGAAGUAACAGUUAGCCCUGAGUGAACGGCGUAACGCCGAAAAUCAACAGUUCUGAUAAAGGGCAACUGGUACGUAGAAGUCAAAUAAUUGAUGCGCCUUCUUCUUUAGGUCUUGCUUAUCUGCUUGCCUCACACUUUUCUAGGUUACAAUGAGCUGCCUUCUCAGUUUACCAGUGCAGCUUACAACAACUCCUGCUCAGGAUGAAUGCAUUUUGAUAGACGUAUUGACACAGCCAUCGCACCUCACGCUAGCGCAAGAGCCACGUGAGGCUGGGCAUAACCACUGCUGCCCUCUUCAGUAGAUUGCCAGGGAACAGUGUUAUGGGCAGAAGAACACGUGAAAGAUAGGUUGAGCAUCUACAACUUCCUGUCAUCGUCAAAUGGCUGUACGAGGUGUGGCCUAAAGCCCCUCCAUACAUGUUUCCGCCUAAAUACUAGUUCCGCCUAAUAACCUACUCCCCUCCUCCCUGCUUCUCUCUCUCUCGUUCAUUCCCUUAGCUUCCGGUGUCAAACGAAAUUACAUAGUCCAAGCUUCCAGUUCCGAGCAGAAGCGAUAUCACUGCCGCCUGAUAUUGCAGCACAGAGGUGCAAGCGCGCAACACGCGAAAAAUCGGGGACGUCAGGAAAUCUAGGAAGCGGAUCUACCGGGAAUGGAAAUCUCGGAAUUGGAAAUUACGGAAGCAGAACUGAAGUGUGAUCGACGAAUCGGAGCACAGCAGUGCACAUAGAAGGUUGGAGCUAUUUAGCAAAAGCAGUGGUAGUGCGGGGAUGGAGGGGCUUUAGUGCGGCGGACUAUUUAAGGAACAAAGCCCUUGUCCUUUGGUGUAUCCUGCCAAAGCAGCAAGGCAUUGUUCAAAGUAUAAAGAACUUACUGUGAUUGUUGGCUCAACUGGAUUUUGUAUUGUCGUUGCUUGAUAUAAAGCUAUUUUUUUUGUUA